GUUUUGCUUCGGAGUGAAUCAGAGGAGUCAAAUUCCAGCAGACGUCACAGAAGCUCGUUCACAGCGCGCCACAUAACGGGACAAAGUGCGGCUGUUAUCCGGCUCUCGUCUGCUGUUUGACAACCAUGUACCAUGGCUUCGUUUUUCACCCGGAAAAAGGAAAUAAAAUAAAGAACCUUGAGGUGUUUGAUAUGCAUUAAACAGAGAGACACAAAGGCGAACUUUCUUCAGGUUUCCCGACAGCCUUUUCCUCUCGCAGGAAACUCGCCAUUUAAAUUGCGAUUGUUUUUUUUUUUUCGUGGAUCUGUUUUUCCUGAAGCAUCGACUGAGUUUUGACAAUUUGACAUAUUUGACAACCCCUCUAUCUGCGGACUAUUAUGUGGAAAAUGUGAAGUAAUAUUUCGUAUUUCUCCAGGAAAGUGAACGGCGUCGGGUUCACGCGCAAUAGCGCACGCGCCGCCCAUCGGAGGAUGACAUGCGCGGCGUUUGGAGUUUAACUUUCCGCAACUAGUGCCGUGGAUUUACCGGUUUUAAACCACCAUGAUGUUCGCAGGAAUGAUAAGGGUGGAGAACAACUCAAAAACACACAAAAUGGACACUGAAUCCACUUGUUACCGCUGCGCUGUGAGGACAGGUGGUGCAGCAGCGUCGGGAAGCCAUCGCAGGUGGAGUUUCAGACGGCCGGGAUACAUGCGGUCAGAGCCGCUUAACCAGGUGGACGCUGCCAGAACGUCAUGUGAUUCUGAACGAGAACAUUCCAAGACUCCCAUUGGCUCGUCUACUAAUGAGAACACUCAGAAGAGCGCUUCUAAACGCUCUAGUGAGAAAUGGCAUAAGGAUGUUUUCGAGAAAGACAACUCUUCGGAUUCUUCCAAAACUCGAGAAGAAAAUUCUCUAAUGCAAUCACGUGACAUUUUCAAUUCGAGCUUUAGUUUCAUUCAGCAGUCGUUAGAAACUAGUGAUGUUUUAGAUGCGAGCACAAACGGUUCAUCCAAAUCUGUAAACAAACAAUCUGAAUCGACUUCAUGGGACCAACUGAAGUCUGAAACUUCAAACUCAGGUGUUUUAAAACCUCUCGCUCCUUUAGUAAAUCACUCAGAGAUCAGCUCUGUUCCAGUUAGCCAAUCAGGACAUGAGGGUUUCACAUUAAGACAUUUGCCUUGCUCGAUUGGUCAGGCGGUGCCACAAAAAGGGCUGUUAUUGGACCGAGAUCUGUGGCUAGCAGACCUGGACAUGCAGACCUCGUCCUCCAUCACGUCUUAUGCAAAAGGAAACAUCCAGGACUCAGACUCUGGCUCUCUGGACCCCGAAGUCACGUCUUCGAUCUCGAUUGACUCGUCAGACUCGACCUCGGCCUCGUCGGUCACCUCUGGCUACGACAGCGCCACCCCGUCCUCAGACCAGAGUCGGGACGGCCUGAUAAAGAAGUACGAGGAUGUUCUGCAAGACUGUCUGCAGAACAAUCGCACAAACACCAAGAUUGAGUCCAUAAUGACGAAGCUUCAGAGAUUACAGCACAAAGCGGUUUUGGACGACGACUAUGACAAAGCCGAGCGUUUUGGGAAGAAACUAGAGGAACUGCGGAGAGAGAGAGCGACACUUAAGCCUGGUCUCCCGUCCAGACAUCCUGAGGUCACUGGAUUUCUGGAGCGUCUCAGGACAGCCGUGCACAGCGCCCUCCGCAGGACAGACAUGGACUGCAGGCAGAAUGGUGACGUGAGUGACGAUCAGGGGUCAGGCAGCUCUCAGAUUCGACCUCAAACGCGGGAGAAGCUGUUAGAGAAAAAACAGAGGAUUCAGAAGGAGAUGUGUGAGCUUCAGCGGCGGCUGGAGGAGCUGCAGGAGCAGAGCAGAGCUGUGGAGGUGCAGCUGGAGGUGGAGGAGCUCGAGGGGCCCGUCCUGAGAGCCUGUGAUUCGGCUCAGCUGCGUCUGACCGCUCGAGCGCUGGACGACAUGACCACCUCUGAACAUCGGCCUCUGAUCAGCAUGUCUCCACCAGCAGAGAUCAUCAGACUUCAGGAGCAGAGUCUGUCCAUCAAAGAGGCAACGGCUAAAGCGGUGAUGAGUCAGAGAUUGGCCGGCAGUUUGCGGCGGAAGGUCAGCGAGAGUGAAACGCAGCUGCUGGCCCUCCACGAGGCGAAGCUCGCGGCCAUCUCAGGAAAUGACUUCGGCAGUGCAAAAGAGCUGAAGGCAGAAAUCAGGAGCGUGUACGGAGAGAGAGAUCGUCUGGAGGGGCUGGUGAGGAAACUGCAGGCGCUGAGCACAGGAAGUGGAGACGAUCUGACCCGCAUGAAGGAGCAACACAGCCAGAUCAAACUGGAGCUGCAGGAGAGGGAAGCCCAGUACGAGCGCAGUUUAAAAGAAAACACUCUGAAGUAUAUUGAGCUUCUGGAGGACAGACUUCACAGCUGUGGAUGUCCAGCGUUGGAACACAUUUGGGAGGCUGAUUUGGAGGCUUGUCAUCUUCUCCUGAAAGGCCUCGAUCAGCGCAACCCCAGCGUCUCAGAAACCGAGGAUCUCCUCUCGAUACCUGGAUCAAGUUCAGACGUCCUGCCGUUCACUAAAGAGGAAGCGGACUGUGCCAUGUUGACGGCUCUAGGAGGGCGCUGGUGUCCUGAGGCAGAUCUCCAGCACUCGGAGUUCACUAAGAAAUUAGAGGAGUUUCUCUUCUGUUUGGAGGACGCGUCCCCUGAGGAUCUGUGCGGAGAGACGGCGGAGCUGACGGAGCGCUGUGAACUCAUCAGUAACCGACUACAUUACCUGGAAGACCAUCUUCAGACCGCCAUAGACAACCACGACAAGGACCUCACUCUGUCCUUAGAGAAAGAGGUUCAAGAAGUGAAGGCCGCUCUUCAAACCAUGCUGUCACAGCUGAAGGAGGAUGAGGAGGAGGAUGAAGAUAAGUAUUGUGAUAUAGAAGAAGAUCAGGUUGAAGAUGAAGACCUAGAAGAGGAGCAUUACUUCAGUGACAGCUGGGAAAUCUGAACAGACUCAUGAAUUAUAUUUAUAUUGUGUUCUAGUGUCUCUGGUUUGUGUUUUAUGAUGCCUGUGAAAGUGUUUUCCAUACUAUCAUCUUGCACUGAGCUCUAGCACUUAAAGGGAAUAGAUCAUCUAAAAAUAAAAAUAGAUGGAUUUACUCGCCCUCAUGUCAUUCCUAAAUCCCGUCCACUUUCAUGACAUUUCCAUUUCCAUCUCAUUCAAGUGAGAAAAUAAUUUGGAAUGACGUGGGUGAGUAAAUGUCAACAAAUUUUUCUUUUUUAGGACCACUAACCAUGUGAAUCGUGUUUCCACAGUUGCCUUAAAGUACUAAAUGUAACUCUUGUCAUUGUUGCCCACCACUAUUUUAUUUUUAUUGUAAUCCGUUAGUGUUUAGUUAUUUAACAUGCUCUAUUUCGCAGUGGUUUCCUUGCUUCUACAUCACAUUGCUGAGGAUUUUUUGUAAGGCCUGAUUUCAGAGCUUCCAGUUAUUUUAGUAUAUUUAAAAAGCAUGGCAUCCUAUUUAUUUAUUUAUUUAAAUUGCUUUGAUAUAUCAUUAUUAUUUUAAAAAACCCAUAUACAUGAAAAUCUGUUCUGGGACCAAUAUUUUUUUUUUUUUUUUUUUUUUUUAUACAUAUAAAGACCUACAGACACCAAAAGCCAAAAUCAAAAAGGGCAAAAUGGAAACGUCCCUGUCGGUUCAGUCUGUGAGCUCAGGAUUGAGUUUAAAUGUAGCUUCCUCGACUCAUUUCCGCCGUACGAUUGAACUCUGAACAGUGUUUUGGGUUCAUGACAGAAGUAUGUGGUGCUGGUGAAGUGUGGAGCUUCACGUCUGUGUUUCAGCCCUGCUGAUAUUCUGUGUGAAUUAUACGUUUGUUUUUAUUGUCUCCUUAUUUGAAACAGAAACAGGUGCUUUUUAAAAUCUUAUUUUUUUUUACUUAAUUUCUUGAAGUUUUUUUUAAACAAAGCACUUUUCAUAGCUGUUUUUGUUAUUGUUACCUGUGGAUUUUUAUCUGUGGUGAAAAUUUGUUUGUUUGUACUAAUCACAUGAAUGUAUGUUUGCAUGUCCAUCACCACUUUCUGUUUUAUCCCCAAAAUUUGUCAGUAUGAUUAUUUUUUGUUUUUAAAUACAUUAUAAUACUUACUCACUGCAAAA